AUGAUCCUGGCAACAAUUGAAUGGUUUGGCACUACUUCAAUGCAGGUGUAUUUAACCCUUUUUCUUAUGUUUUCAGGACGAGGAUUUGCAUUUCGGAGAAAACAAAAGAUCGAAAGACAAUACAGGAAGUUAUUGAAAAAGGGAAGAAAGGUCCGUUCACAACAGGAUAAUCAGUUUACCGAUACUUAUCCAGAGCACUUGAAACAUCUUUACCUAGCGGAGGAAGAAAUGCUUAAGAAACGGCGCAGAGCUCCCAGCGAUUCAGUUUUAUCAGAAGAAAAACUUAACAAAGCAGUAGAGUCAGUUAUGACUGAAGGGAAGUUUAAGAAGAAGACGUCCAAUCAGAAGGCGAAAGAAGAAUAUGAGAAAAUAAAGGCUGAGCGUGCUAGAAAGAGAGAGGAAGCAGAAAAAAGAAAACAACAAAGAGAAGCAGCUCAACGAUUGUACAAGCAAAAGAAAAUGGAAGCUUAUAAAAUACUGAGUAAGAAGACGAAAAGAGGACAGCCAAACCUAAACUUACAAAUGGAGUUUCUUCUUCAGAAAAUACAGCAAAAUACAUAAACUUCUGCAUACAUCUUAGUUACAGGUCUUGAGUUACUUGUGGACGUUUUAUUAAUUUUAAUAAAUAAUGUCUUUUUGCUUCUAUAUGACUUCUGUCAUUGGCUUGAUUUAGCUCAUCAGUCCAAUAGCGGAGGAUAUUCAUCCUGAAAAUAUGUAUCCUAUGCUGAGAGUGAGAGAGAUCUGGUACCUUGAAAACACAUGGUCUGUAUUUCUAAACUUAAAUUCUAUUAGCUAUGCAAUAUCCUGAAUUCCAAAUUGUUAGAGCCUAGUGCCAUCUCAACAUAAAUCUGCAUAGUGUAAAGCAUUUGUUUUCUAGCUCUAACACUUCCUGCGGUUGUGACUACUAAAAUUACGCUUACUUGAGUAAAAUGAUACAUGCGAUGUAAUUGAUAUCUCAUGAACUGCCAAGGCUAGGAGUGUGUUUUGUGUGCUAUCGGGUAGGGUUUGGCACAUGAAAACAAAGAACAUAAACUAUACUUGGAUGGCUAUUAUUUAUCCUUCUCCACGAAGAAUAAAACUUACCAAAGGUCCAAAAAUGGUUUGAAUGUGAAGAUCGUGUAGACUUAACAUAUACUUUGUGCUUGGUGACUUAUACUUUGGUGAUUUAUUUUGUUCAUAAACUAAGUAUAACUUUCUAGCUAUGAUGGAUCAGGUAGAUGGGUAGAGGUUUUGGUAUGCUGCAUAUAUCAAGUUUCUAAUCUUUGUUCUUCAGAACAUUUUAGAAAAGGAAUUCUUUUAAAUCUUGAUUUGGAGAUGCAAUGAGUGAUUUUUGGCCUAAUAAAAUGAAAGCAUUCUUAGUAAGACUAGUAAGUUUGCAGUAAAGCAAGUUAACUAUUUUCCUUAAGUUUAUACAGGAGAAUACUAUUAUACUUUGCCUUUAUCUCAGUCUACUUUGGCAGCCAAGAAAUAAUACUGAGGGUUUUUUUCCAUAUAGUAAAGACUGUUUAGACAUCAAAGUAAGGAAUGCCUUGGAGUAAAUUUCUCAGGACAUGCUCUGUAAGAUUUGCAAUACAUUUACAGUAUUACAGUAUUAAAUUGUUUACUGUAUUAAAUUAUCUCAUUUAGAAGUCGAUGCCAACUGCAAAAAAAAAAUCCUUAUUUAAAAUACAUGGAAAAAAUAAAUAGUUUUGAACUGUAUGACAAGCGCUGUUAAAUGAGGAACAGUUUAGGAGUUUGAGUUAUCUAAAAUGUUUCUUGUGUCAGUAUCCUGAGGCUUUUUCAACCUCAGCUUGUUAUACUUUUUGCAAGGCUUUGAAUCCUUGUGCUGUGAUGUCAUUUAGGAAAAACUGAACACAAGUCAUAAGGUAGUGCACCGACAGAAAAUGCGGGCGCUUUUCUUGAAACGGGCAUGUCCAUUCUAGGAGAGAAAGGGAGUCUAAAUUUGACAUGCUUACUCUGUUUUAUACCUUUCCUUCCAUAUUUUUUCCUGAUAAUUACUGUAAUUGCCAAUUUUGAAUGGCUUCAUGCUGAAAUAUUAAAGAGCAGAAAUCUGCAAGGUGCCCAGAAAGUGGGAAGGCAAGUUUUGGCAUACACAGUCUGUUUCCAUUCUCGUCAUUCUAGGCUGUCAGCUUUUAUUUUAAAAAAUGCAAACUGCAACUAUUUGCAAUUACUAGGUUUUUUUAUCAGUAACGCAAAAGACUUAAAAAGUUAGCUUCGUGUACCUUGUGAAUAACAUGAAACAUCUUCCGUG